UCUACCAAAACCUGUCUGCCUGUAGACUUAUACCAUAACUCUGUAACUGAACACCUAAAUCAGUAAAUGUUGUUAAUUUUGUAAAUGCAAUAUUGAAAUGGAUGGGAAUGAAAUCAUGAAAGAAGAUGGAUCAUCCUCCGAAGGCAUUGUAAUUUCCAGUGAUGAGGAAUAUUAUGGUUUAUCUAAAGCUGUUGAGCAUCACAUUACUAUGCAAGAAAAGGGAACUACUGGCUCAUCAUCAAAUGAGCACUGGCGCAGCCAUCAACCACCAAAGUAUUAUGGAAAAGCUCAACAUGCCUACACUCACCAUCACAAGGGACAAUAUGAAAUAUAUCAUUCUCAGGAACGUCAAAUGAUGCGACCAAGGUCUUAUUCACCAAUAAGAUCUCGUUCAUACAGUGAUGAUCGUCAUGCCGCUGGAAUACAACCUCCACCACAUACUGUCCCUGAUAUAUAUCCACCUGAGAGAUACCUUCCACCCACUGUUCCACCACCAAUUCGGGAUGCUAGAUUUAAAGGUUCAUUUAGAACGCAAAUAGAAACUGCUUCACCAUCUGCCCCUCGUCAUUAUAUACCUCCAGAUUCAAAUUUUGAAUUAAUACGUAGAAGCAGAAUUGAAGAGAACAGGUUGUUACAUCCAUCUGAAAUGCACAUGCCUUCCUCUAAUAGGAGGCCUCCUACUGACUCUGCUUUUUUGGAACACCGCACAAGACCUGCUUUGGAACAUAUCAAACACAGACCUUAUUUUCGAGAUGAUGUUCCCAAUGUACUGGAAUCAAGAAAAAAAUCAUACAGCCAUGAUCAAUCUCAUUCUUUUCAGUAUCCAGAGCAGCACCAACAACGUCAUCAUCUAGAUGUAGAACCACUUAGAACGGAAAAUCAUCCACCAAUACAUCCAAGGUUUCAAAGUAAACCUCCUAAACCAGUAGCUUUCAAAAUUAAAGCUAAAACUCCACCUAAACUUCGUUUGCCGUAUCAUCCUCUUGACCCAUUCAGUCCACUUCCCGGUCAAUUAGUGAAAGAUAUUGGAAGCCCCAAAAGAUGGUCUCAUGACAAAUAUGAACAAGAUCAAUUGGCAACAACGGGUUCAGAAGUCAGGAAUAGAAAUGAUCAGCUAUCAAGUAAUGUUAUUGGUAGACAUCAUAGACAUCAAGAUCUCGAGGAUGCUAGAGGAACUAAAGCACAAUUUCGCUCUCCAGAAAAACUAGAUCAUUUGGAAGGUCAGGAACAUCACAAAAAAAUUGAGGAGAAGAUUGACGGAGAAGAAAUGGUUUAUGAAAUUGAGGAGGAAUUUGUGGAAAUAGAUGAAACCUCUCAACACGAGAACCCAAACUCUGACGACGAUGAGGAACUACUCGGACUAAGACUACAAGCUUUAACAUCUGCUCUUAAUACUGAAGAGAGAUCGUCGGAAGAGGAUGAGGAGCUUUUAGGGCUGAGAUAUCAUGCUUUGUCUUCGGCACUAAAUACUCAAGCCCGUACCGAAGAUGGCCAUAGUACACAUAAAAGAGAUCCUUCAUUGGAUGAAAGACAAAAACCUAAAUUUCUAGUAAAAAGAGUUAUGGAGGGGGGUUCGGGAAAAUCUAAAAAAGUGAAAAAAGGCAGAAAAAAAAGUGACGUUGCAGAUCUUUUCAUGAAAAAACAUAGUUCAAUUUCUAAACACCAAUCACCAGAAAGAGCACGUCCUGUAACAAAGCAAUCAAGAUUACCUGUGGACUCUAAAAAACCCAACAAAGCCCAACUAACACUAUUUAGUGAGAUUGUAAAGAACCAUCAAGCACCUUCAAAAACAGAUGCUCUGCGUUACAUCAGAUCACAUCCUGAUGAAAAUAUAAAAACUGAGAUGUUUUUAAAUCUGAUGAAACGGGAAAGUUUGAGCGUUCCAGAUGCAGUUGAUCUCGCAAAACAGAACUUUGUUCACAAAAAAACAGUUGUAGCUGACAAAGAAAAUAUAAAAAAAGAUGUCGAACCGGUCCAGGCUUUUAAAACUGUAGCAGAUGCUGAAGAGUCUAAUUUUGACAACUAUGAUGAGAUAGAAAUGGAGUUAUCAGAGGGUGAGAGUGAUUCCGGUCUGGUUCCUCCUGGUACAGAUGAUAGCAUUAUUCUUCCACCGAAAAUUGAUUCUACCGGAAUACCUGCUCUGCCAGAAGUUACAAGCAUUCCAGUCACAGAAAGCAAAAAAUUUUCUGAUCAUGAUUCAGUCACAUCAACAGAUUAUUUAUUGAAUGCAACUCCAUCUCAAGAAUCUAUCUGGAUGAUGCUGGAAAAUCCUAUUGAAUCAGAAAAGGCUAAAUGUUCUGGUGCUGUGACAGGGACUGAUGAUAAUGGAAGGGAAUCGAAUUUUGUAGAGAAGCGAGCGAGAAUAUCUUCGGGAGAUAUUGAAAUUGAUGAUGACUCAUUGAUUAUUUUGCGGGAACGAUUACUAAAACAGAUGGACUCAAACAAAAAAGAACCAGUUGAGAGCACUAAAAAAAGCGGAGAUUCAUGUGUAAGUGUCCCAUCGCCAGUAAAUGAAUGUUUAUCAUCUGGUCAGCUCGUUAAUGAAAUACCGCACAGCAAACCGAAUAAUCAAGAAAUUGCUUUACUUCCAUCCCAGUAUCCAUACCAACCACCGACUUUACAAACUUCACUUGUGAGCAAGAUAAAUUCAACAAACAUAACAGCUGAUGGAAGUGAAAUAUCUUUAAACCAAAACCCUGUUGUUCCUCCAUUUUUAACGACUGAAAGAGCAAAUCAAGAAACUGUAUCUGAGCAUGGUUCAAGUAAUACACGGCCUGCAGGUCCAUGCACGCUACCUUCAUCUCAGACUGAAUUUUCAGCACCCCAACUUUCCAUGCCAAGAAACGACAUACCAGCCAGUGUUCCGAUACUCAUCGACCCUAUUUUAUUUACUUCCUCUCUAAAAACUGUAAAUAUCGAUCCAAGAAUGGAACUAAAUGAGGAAACAAAAGCAGCUAUAGCAUUGUCUGCAGUCAAUUUAACGUCGUCUAAUUUUAAAAAUAUUUCAACAACUUUUCCACCAUCGUUGACUCCGAUAAAUGAACCUCAACCUGUAGCAGUUAGGACGCGAGCACAAAUUAGUAAAAACAGAAGGAAAAGAAGGAGUAAUCGUAAAUUAAAAGCUGCGACUAUUGCCAAUAAGCAAAAUAAAUCUAAGAAGGCUUUUUUAUCACAAACGAAUCCACUAGCAAAAGUAUCGAGUUCGCCUUCACUACCAACAACAUCCAGUAUUGAUAUUAAAAAAGAAUCAGUUCUGUUGUCUGUCGUACGUAAAACUCAACCUGUAGCAGUUAAAACGCAGGCACAAAUUAGUAAAAACAAGAGGAAAAGGAGGAAUCGUAAAUUAAAAGCUGCGACUAUUGCCAAUAAGCAAAAUAAAUCUAAUGAGGCUUUUUCAUCGCAAACGGAACCACAAGCAAAAAUAUCGAGUAUGCCCUCACUGCCAACAACAUCCAAUAUUUAUAUUGAGAAAGAAUCAGUGCUGUUGGAACCAGCUACAAAGAAAAAGGCAAUUUCUCCGUUACCAAGUAUGAUACAAACUCCUACCACCACAGGACCACCGACAAAUUUUGUUCCACAAUUAGCGUCUACUCCUGCUCUUCCACUUAAACCAAUGGAGCAAACUCCCACAAGGCCGAAACGAGCGCAAAUUCGACAAAAACUUCAUAAGGCGAUGAACGAUCAACCAAAAAAACUUGAGAUGAAACUCACAGCGACCACUAAUGCUUCACCUGUAAAUGCAAAUAUACUGAAACCUUUUACCACGAAUAUUGCUACAAUAUCUAAAACACAUCCUAGUAUUCCAGUCUCAUCUAAGCCAACAUUAUCAACUUCAAAUUCACAAACUUUAUUUAAAUCUGCAACUACUAUUAUCAAAAAGAAUCAUUUAGCUGGAAAAAGAGCUGCGGAAUCAUUGUCAGACGGAUCCAAAAGAAAAGUUAGAGUUUUGACUCAGAAUAUGCUCGAAAAUUCUGCCCAAAUUAGAUUACCAAGACAUCAACCGGUAGUUAUUGAGAUUGGUGGUUCAUCGGAUGAGGAUGAAUCUGUUCUUUCACCUACUCGUACUCGACCAAGCCCCAAAAACCCAUUUGAUCUUCACAGGGACAUGCUCGAUGCGAUGAUAAAGCAAGUUCGUCAAGAGACAACUCUCAAACAGAAAUCAGAUAACAUUGUUGUUUCUCCCAGUACAAAUGGAACAAGUGAUUCAAAAAAUUUAACUUCUCGAACUGCUGACAUUCGAAAAGCAUUGCCGCUGACAACGGACAAACAACAAAAUGUAAAUGCGUCAGUUUCAAACUCGAAACCUCAAUCUGAUAAAAUUUUUGAAACCGAUAUGGAAAAUGUAAUAAACUCUCCUAAAGCGCCUGCUAACAAAAAAGUAACACCUAAAGUGGAUUCACCGUCAUCACUAAAGUCUUUAUCGAGACAAAUGAAUCAAAUCCAAAAACAUGACAGUAACUCAGGAAAGACAACCACCCCUGCCUUGCUACAGUUCAAGCAAGCGAAAAUCAAAUUUCUGAAAUUGAAGACGUUGAUAGGAAAGGAUGAAGUUGCUUACAAUCGUUUGGUGAAAAUUAAAGAAUCGAAAAAAUCUGAACUUAGACUUGUGCAAGACGAAUUAAAAGAAAUGAUUUAUAGAGUUGCUGCAAUAAAAGGAAAAGCUGCUCGUUGUGAGGAGUUAGUGAAGAGAUACACUCAACAAGAGACGAAAAUGAAAGAAAAACUGGAAAAAAGAAACGACUUAAAAAUGAAAUUGAAAGAACGAAUCAAACGACAAAUGAUUCUAAUGAGAUCGGAACAAAGAAGAAAAAAGAAUUCGACAAUUUCUGGCACAACCACGAAACAAAGUGAAGCAAAGAAAUCAGUAAUAGAGGUGAAAGCAUCGCCAAAUUCCAAAAGUAAAGAAUCGAUUGAUCAAGAAAAAAAGAGAUUACUUGCAGUAGAACAAAAGCUUGUUGCCAAGAUUAAUCAAAUGAAGAAAUCUGAUGGUAAACCAGCAAACCCUUCACGAGUUGGAUCUAGAAGAGUGUCGUUAUCUCAAGAAGUUCAGUCACAACUUGAAAAACACAAAGAAAUGCAAAAAACCAACAAACCUUCGGUACACGAUUUAUCUCUCAGUAAGAUAGCAAUACCAACUCUUUCACCUGUCCGGAAUCCGCAAACGAAAAGUACAGCAUCACCAAUUAUUUCAAUCAAUUCUCCUGCAAGAAAACUUCUCAAUAGUCCUUCCAGAGUAAUGAAAUCAUCCAGUUCAGCACCAACAUCACAGGAAAAAGAAAAGAAAACUAUUGUUACACAAACACCAAGCAAUAUAAAAGAAUCUAACAUUUUAGAAGAACAAAUGAGUUCAACUGCAAGUGAAGUCUCCUUGAAGCGUUUCCAGAAAAUAAUUGAAAAAUCGAUGAAUGACAUUAAAUCUUCGUUUCUUGGAUCCCAACAACCGUUUGCUGAAAUACCUUUUUCUAAUAAAUCUUGGGACAUGAAAACACCUGACUGCUUUAAACGGUGGAAGAUUGAUAUAGGGGAACUCCUUCGAAAUAGCAAAGAAGAAAUUUCUGAUAAUAAAACUUACGAGUUCAAGACAUAUCAGAGCCCUCUUCAUACAUUUCGAUCAUAUCGACUCAAUCCAUUUAUGAGAACAAAAGACAAAUUAUCUAUCAAGUCAGCAACGUUCAGUCAUAAGAUUAACCCAGAGAAGAUACUAUGCAGAUACGGUUUGACUGGAACUUGCCAUGAUCCGAAUUGUAGAGCACAACAUUCUAAACAAUAUGAGUUGCAGUCGUCAGAAGUAUUGCUAGAUUUGAUUUGUUAUUGUCCAGAAUUACUUGGUGAAAAUGCGAGUUUUGAUUCUAACUAUCAAGAUUUAAUCAAGCUAUCUGAAUUGACUUGUAACAAAUUAUGUGGAAUAUCAGGCAAACAAACCAACAUGUCUAUUGAUGAAAAAUGCAUUCUGAUUGCGAGUAAAGUGAACACUGCUCUCAAUAACAAGGCUCCUUUCACAACUAUUUUUAAACCGAGAAUAUUCAAACCUAUGCAAAACAAAGAUUCAGUUUCACCUGUUAGUUGGACAAAUAAUGAUAUGAAUGAGAUUGAUGAGGAAAUAAUAGUCAAGCCACAGGAGAUUGUGAACCUUGAACAUCCAGAUUCUUUCAUCAAAGAUGAAGAGAGAUAUUUCAUAGAAAAUGAGCAAGGGACUCUGAGUAAAAUUGAGGCAGCUUUAAAAAGAAAUCCGCAUGACAUACAACUAUGGUUGGAAUUAUCGUACAGAAAAAUGUCAAAGGCGUCUGUCGAUGGGCAGAGCAGCUUGGAGCUUGCUUUGCACACGAUGUGCCUUGCUCUAGAAGAAAAUCCAUACGUUGGAGAACUCUGGGGACAUUACCUCGGUCUACUUAGACGUCGUAAAGGUGCUGAAAGCAAUGAAGAUCUGGAUGAAAUGGUCACACAAGCUAUCGAACUCGUACCAUUGUCACCUCAUGUCUGGAAUCAACUUUUGUCGUGGGAUUUGAAUGUUGUAAAAAGGGAAUUUCUAUACGAUCAACUUAUUUCAAACUUGCUGAAAAAUAUUGAAGGUGGGAUCCCUGUAAAUGGUUUAUCACCGGAUGUUACUUCAAGAUGGCUUUUGCAAACAGUGUUGCAACGAACUCAACUUCAAUUAUUACAUCGUCCAAUCUCUGAAGUUUUACCAUUGUUGAAAAUAACAGUAAAAGAAUUCUCUCAACAAUGUCAAAAGUUUCCUACCUUUUCUACAUCUUCUUCGAAUAGAUGUUUGACGUCGACUGAUCUUAAUCAUCUUUGGUUGGCAUAUUUUAAUGUCGUGCAUUUCAAUAAUCUUCCACAGUGCUUUUUUCCAAAUAUAAGCUCUGCAUGCAAUGCUCGAAAUUAUCUCGGGAUCAAAGUUUAUCCAGGAUUAGAAGUUCAGCUUGACUUUAAUUCAAGGAAUAAACUUUGAUGAAAGUUUCUAUUCAAACCUGCAUGCUGACCUUGACGUUGCUAUCAAGGAUUCUUCAUCAACUGAAGAUCUAUUAUCAGCUCGACAGUUACUUCGGGAAAGAUUGCGAUUGGAAAUAUCUCAGCAAAAAUGGGACAACGCUGCUAAUAGUUGCAAGUCUUUGAAGAAGCUGUGACAGAAAAUCCAUCUGAUGCAAAACUUUGUUAUGAAGCAGCUUUGUUUCAAUUGAAUCAAGAAUCAUCGGACAUUGAUGCUGCACUUCUGUAUUUUGAAACUUGUGCUUCAGCUUAUUUGAAAAUAGAUAUAUAUGUGAUUAAUUUAUCAAAAUUGAAAAAAUUAUUUCACUACUUCGAGAUUAUCAGAUCCAUUAACUGAUAAACAUCUUUCUCUCUUACCGGAAAUUAGUUGGAAAAUUGUUAGGAAGAACACAGCAUAUUUAUGGAUGAAUUACAUUUUAUUUCACGAUUUAUCCAACCAAAGUGUCAACGUUAUACUGGAUUUUUAUGAAAAGGCAAUUGUGGAUGUUGGUGAUGAAGAUGAUAGAAAACAAAUAUGGCUAAGGUUGCAUCUAUCUACUUAUCAUGCUUUCAUACAAGGCAACACAUAUGAACUGAUUAUAAUUUUCUUACUGAUCUGAUGUCGUAUAAUGUUCCACUGUUAUUGAGGGCUUGCCGACAUUUUCUCAGUUUUGGAGAUGACUCAACAAUCGUUUCCAUAUUAUGGAGGAUAACUUCAACUACAUUGUGUCAAAACAUGAUGAUAUGGAAAAUAUCAGUCUCGUCACUUUUCUCUCGUGGAAAAAUAUC